AUGGCCACCUCCGUGCACCCUCUCUUGGCGAGCUUCUCCCUGGCCAUUCUGCUGGGUUUGACCUCUCUGGGUGGACACAACUCUCCACCAUCAGGACGCGCAUUGGCCCAGGUCUCCAGCAGCAAUACCAACCAGACAACAGCGCCCUCUGUCCCCCCGGAGGCUGCGCUCGCGACACCCACACCAGACAUGGAGGACCAAACGGUGCCAUCCAUUGGCAGCCGUUGCUGGGGUUACUAUGAUGUCAUGGGUCAGUGGGACCCACCCUUCAACUGCAACGCAGGCAUCUACAUGUUCUGCUGCGGGUCCUGCUUCUACCGCUUCUGCUGCCAGUUCAAAGUUCACAGUCUGGACCAGACGUCCUGCUCCAACUACGACACACCUGUUUGGGCCAAUACCGGGAAACCAGCGGCACCCGUCACUGAGGUCCACGAGGAGCCAGACCGGGACCGGACCCACAUGAUUGUGUAUAUUAUCUGUGGAGUGGUGGCCAUCAUGGUGCUGGUUGGAAUUUUCACCAAGUUGGGGCUGGAGAAGAGUCAGGGAGGACAGACUGACAUGACCAACUCCAGGACUCUGACAGAGCUGCUGAAGCAGCCAGGGGAUGCAGGAGGGGUGGAUGGAACUGGGGGUCAUCAUCCCAUAGGAACCAACGGCAUCUCAGCCCGGGCACUACGCUCCAACAACGAUCAUAACCAUCUGAACAACGCAGCCUUGUCUCCCUUGGGUCCAGCCAUGGCCUUGUCUCACCCUCACAACAACCUGGGAAUUGGCUUCAACAAGUACACCUCGCUUAAGGCUGUGGACACAGCUGCAAGAGACUACUACAAGAGUUACCCUAUGGUGGAUUACACCCACCGCCAGUCCCCUCCCACUUUCCAGCCAAUCGCCUUCCAUCCCAAGGACAAGCCCUUCCUCCCACCGCCAGACAUCCAUGCACCACUCGCCAUCACCAUCAACGCCUCCCAGAUCCCCAAACCCAAGAUCUCCAAGACCAACACCCACCCGCUCACCUCCAGCUCGGCCUUCAAAGCCUGGGACCCCAGUAAGAGUCACGUCCAGCACCCAGUCUCUCACAUGGGCCUCCAGGGGCCGCAACACCACCCCAUCCAGCAGCAGCAGCACCAGUCCCUGCACCAGCCCAACAGCCGGCGCCAGGCUUACUCCAACAAGAGGCAGUUCAGCAUCGAGACGCUGCCCGAGCUGUUCUCCCAGCCGCUGGGAUACGGCCACUCGCCACACAUGCAUCCCAAGCACAAGGGACUGCCCACCAACAGCAAGACGGAGGUCACCGUCUGA